CUCAGUUGAAAUUUGUUAACGGAGAUCGUCGGACGUGUAAUUUUGUCGUCCAAGGCGAAGAUAUCGCAGAGUUUUUCUUUUAUUGUUCGUAAACUGUAAAUCGUGUUCAUUGUCUUUCGAUUUCGCAUUUAUGUGCAAUUGCUUCAACUAAAAGUUUAUGCAUAAAGCAAAAGUGAAGGCGCCAUAAGAGCUACACAGUAAAUAUAAAGAUAAUAUAAAUAAAAGAGAAACGCCACGUUCUCGUGCUCUACAAACACAUACGCGUGUGUACAUACGUAUAUACAUAUGCAACAUAUACACACACAGUGCACAGCAUAUAAUUAGUUAGUUGCCUCGCAUAGCAUAGCAACAAUCGGAAAUUUCCUCAGUCAACAGAAGACUCUACACACUUUCUUUAAAUAUACUAUUAUCAUUUCCACGAGCGUUGAGCGCACUUUGUUAAGUGAUUUGAAAGCAAAAAGUCAGAAACUAAAUCUCCCAGUGCGGUUCCAAUGUAGCCCUUCAUGGUUAAUUAACACGAGCGCGUUGUGUGACUAUAUAGCUGUUUCGUGUUAAAACUAAAUCUAUAAAGGUGUCACAUCUUACAAAAAAAAAAAAAACGAUUAUUAUAGUUCACUUAAAUACAAUUCGUCAACAAAUUCCAAACAAUCAACAGCGCAAACUUUGCGUGACUCACCAGCCAUACACAUUUUCCGUACUUCAAAUGGGUUGACUUGGGAUAUUUAAGCUUCCUGGACCCGGGAAACAAAAAAGGGAUAAACUUUGAUCUUAUGUAAAUUGAAAUAGUUUGGACGCGCCAUAGAUACACUUAGCUGAGCUGCUGCUACUGGACAUAGCAGCAAGAAGGCAACAACCACACACACUCAGACAAGCAACCAACUGCACCACACGUAGACCAGGCAUUAACAUAGUUUUGGAAAUAAUUCUCUUUUCGAUUGAUCACCGUUUGAGCCACUGCCCAAGAGCAGCGACAACACCGAUGAACCAAACGGCCGUUUCGCUUGACAGCGCGGCCACCGUGAAGAAGAACAGCAGCAGCAGCAGCAGCAGCAGCGGCAGCGGCAGGAACUGCAGCAGGAUACAGGACACACAUCCUGGCGCUUUUGGCCAAGUGAUUGCCAUCAAACUGGGCCACUCCUACGCGGCACGCGCCGACCUCAACUAUUGCCGAGCCGAGUGAGCAGCGCACUCAAUCACAGACAGCAUCGCCCCAGAGAGCAGAGUUAACCAGAAUAGGCCAAGGCAUAAGUUUGUAUAGAUUUCUGAUUUGAAGCGGCUUCAAGACGGACGGCACAAUGUUGAAAGUCGUUGGUGCAUCAUGGCAGAAGACGCGUAUAGGCACGUAUAUACUGAUCGGAGCCGGCUUGCUGGUGAUCGGUGCAUUCUUUAUCGGCUAUAUGGAUCGGCCCGAAUACGAUGGCACCUACUGUGCGACCGCGUUCUGGACGAAGAAGGUGGGCUUCCAAAUCGAGAAUUGGAAACAGCAAAACGAUUUGGUUAACAUACCCAAGGGCGUGGCUAGAAUAUGCUACAAGGAUUCUGUCUAUGAGAAUGGUUGGGCACAAAUUGAGGUGGAAACGCAGCGCAGUUAUCCAGACUGGGUGCAGGCCUAUGCUGCUGGCAUUCUAGAGGGUUCGCUGACCUGGAAGAACAUCUACAAUCAGUGGGCCAACACAAUUUCAUCGUCUUGCGAACGUGAUGAAAGCUCGCAGAAGUUUUGCGAGUGGCUGCGCGAUCUGCUGACCCGCAACUAUGAACAUCUAAAGGAGCAGGCGGCGGCUAAAGCUGAGCACGAUCACUACUGGCAUCAGUUGCAUUUGGUGCUCAAUCAGCUGGAGGGCAUGGAGACGGGCUAUAUUCGCGGUGCCACACGCGCUCGCUCCGACUUGGAGGAGGAAAUUCCACUGUCCGACUUUCUGCUAAUGAAUGCUGCCGCUGAUAUCCAGGAUCUGAAGAUCUACUAUGAGAACUAUGUGCUGGCCAAUGGCACUGGCACCGCCGAGGUGGGCAGCAAGAACUUCUUUUUGCCCAGCGCAUCGAUGCUGACGAGGCUGAUGCGCCAGGAGCAGUCGCCGCAGCUGCUGCAGCUGCUCUUCGGUCACAGCACUGCAGGCAGCUAUUCGUCCAUGCUGCGCAUACAGAAGCGCUACAAGUUCCAUUACCAUUUCUCGCCCGAUACGCGCAGCAACACGGUGCCCGGUGCGGACAUCACCUUCACUGGCUAUCCAGGCAUCGUUGGCUCCACGGAUGACUUCUAUGUGGUCAAGGGACGGCAAGUGCAGUCCAUUGUGGGCGGCGUUGGCAUCAAGAACGAGAAUCUGACAAUGUGGCAAGCCGUGGACGUGGAGAACAUGGUGCCACUUGUGGCACGCGUCAUGGCCGCCAAUCGCAUAGCUCAGAAUCGACGCACUUGGGCGCGUGCCAUGGCCCGGCAUCCGAUAACGGGUGCCAAGCAGUGGAUCACCGUUGAUUUAAACAAGCUGGGCACCCAGGACCAUCUGUACAAUACGCUGGAUGCGGACGAGAAGCACGACGAUGCGCCGGUGGCAGUGAAUGAGAAGGACAACGCGGCCAUCAGCGAGCGCCAUGAUCAGCUGAAGAACAUGGUGUGGAUAGCGGAACAGCUGCCGGGGCUUAUGCACAGCAAGGAUGUCACGGAGCGCUUCCUGUUGGCCGGCAACUCCACCUGGCUGGCCAAUGGAGUGCCCUACUUCGAAGAGAUUCUGAAGGCUAGCGGCGGCUCCAGCGACAACUACAGCGAAGAUCACACACUGACGGCCGCUGAGGAGGCCGAACUGACCAAUCUGGAGGCUGUGGAUAAGUACUUGCGUAAUCACGGCUUUCGCGGCGAUCUGCUGGGGGAUGAGUCCAUUGCCUAUGGCAACAUCGACCUCAAGCUCUUCUCCUACAAUGCACGCCUCGGCAUGAGCGACUAUCAUGCCUUUGCCGGACCCAUUUUUCUGCGGCUGCAGCAUGCGCACGCCCGUUCGCUUGAGGAGGGCCACGUCCAGGUGGUGGAUAAUCAGGCGGAUCAGGCAGCGCCCGCUGCCAUUGGAGACGAGCGGCUCAGUGUGACCAUAGACGAUGCAGCUGCUCUGGCGGAGCUGGAGCUGAUCACGGAGCGGCGGCCGGUGCGGAAUGAUAUGAGGGCCAUUGCGAUGAGAAGGAUUGGCAGCGGUCCGUUCAAAUGGUCUGAGAUGACCAGCCUGGAUGAUGGCAAUCACGAGGGUCAUCCCGAUGAGUGGAACUUUGAUAAGGUGUCGCCCAAAUGGGCGUGGUAGCCUGUCAAAGCUAAACUAUUCACCUAAAAUCGCAAUAGAACAAAUUCCCAAUCGAAUUUCAACAGCGACAACAACCGCGAAGCAAUAAUUGUACCUAGUUUUGUAAUUUUAGAUUUGUCUCCUGUGUGUUCCUAGCUCUUAAAUCGUAAAAUUGUGUUGCGUCCAUAGUCAUAAAUUGUAGUUGUGCCCGUAACAUAUCAAUGUCAAUUAUUGUCUUCCAGUUGAUAUUUGUUUUUAUUCAAAAUUUUAACGCCUAUAGUCUCAAAUUUUAGCU